AUGUUUGGAGUUGAUAUUUUUAAAGCCGAAAACUUUGCAAGGUUAGUCAAUGAAGAAGAUGAAGAAUCUUCUGAUGAUGGAUCAAAGGAUGAAAGCAAAAGGUUCAGAGAUUUAAUUGGUUCAAAAAAGGUUAUAUACAGCUAUGUGAAUCCUGAGAACGACGUAGAUAGUGUGGAUAAUUAUACAAUUGUUACAAAUUCUUUGAUGAGUAAUGAAACAGUAAAAAAAAAAUUGAAAGAAUUAAUGCGAGUAAGAAGAAGAGCUCUAGCGCAUUUUGAAAAAGAGAUAUCCAGGCUUUCUGCGGUAGAUUCUUCCAAACCUCGAAAUGAUGCUAUAUCGAAAAAGAAAGAAUUAAAUAAUGUAAACAUUGUGAAUAAUGAAAUGAUCAAGAAGAAAAACAAGAUUCAAUUGGUUGAUGUCGAUGCUGCAGCUAUAUCUGAAGUUUGGUUCUUAGCCGUUUGUAAUUGUAUUAACAGAAAAUUUCCCAAACUCAAGAUUUUUGUAAUUAGUAUACCUGGAUUACAAUCUUCAGGAAAUUCUACUCUUCUAACUACUUUUUGGAUGCAAAUUUGCUGUUUCAGCUGA